UACGUACCGGACGGAUUGCCUGGCAAAACACCUUCAAAGAUUGGGAGUAUACAGUCAAGGUGCAACGAACUUAAAGCUCGAACAAAGGAGAAGGCAACGAAAUUAAAGCUCGAACAAAGGAGAAACACAGUUGGCAAACUCUCCGAUAUAGCCUACUGGCCAAGAAUCGAAGCCGUUGCUGAGUUUAGACUACGUUGGCCAAGAAUCGAAGCCGUUGCUGAGUUUAGACUACGUACCGGACGGAUUGCCUGGCAAAACACCUUCAAAGAUUGGGACUCGAACAAAGGAGAACAGUUGGCACUCUCCGAUAUAACCGACUGGCCAGGAAUCGAAGCCGUUGCCGACUGGCCAAGAAUCGAAGCCGUUGCUGAGUUUACUUUGGCCAAGAAUCGAAGCCGUUGCUGA